GUUAUCUUUUAUUUGUCUAAACAACACCAUCUGGUUAUUAAUAAGGGUAUUAUUAACUUGGUAUCUUGACACUACGAAAUCACCCGAAGAUGUGCCACAUAUUAUUCAUAAAACUCUUAGUUGACAUUUCUCAUUUCUGAUGUAUUCUCAUGAAUAGAUUGUACAUGAUAUAUAAUCUCAAAAAAAUCACUAGUGGAAAUUUCAUUUUGAGUGGAGCAUACUCAUGAAUGGAUCAUGUAUGAUAUAUAAUCUCAAAAAACCAGUUGUUUAGUGAUACACCCUCAUGAAGGGAUCGAGUUUAAUAUAGAAAUUCAAAAAGUCUGUAAGAGAUUUCAUUUUUUGUGAUGCAUGCUCAUGAAUGGAUCAUGUAUGAUAUAAUAUCUCAAAACAACAAUAUUGGAGAUUUCAUUUUUAUGAUGAAUCCUCACAAAUAGAUCAUAUUACCUCCUCAUGAAUGGAUCAUGUAUCCAUUGAUGAUGUAUAAUCCCAUAAAGCCUGUAGUGAAAAUUUUGUAUUCAACGCUUCAUGUCGCAAAAUUCUCUCAUGUGCAAUGAAAAUUUGGCCAAAUCCUUUUUCAAAAAAGUUGAUACGACUCAAAAACCAUUGAAAAGCACCGUUCUAAGUCCUGAAAGCGUAAAGAAUGGCGAUGGAGGGGACAACAAGGAGUUAUCGAAGGAACUUGAUUCUCCUGUUCGAGCUAAUGCAGUAAAAAGGAAACGGUCGAGAAAAAUCGAGAGCGACAGUGAAGAAGAGGAGGCCACAAAUAAAAAUGUAAAAGAAACUGUUUCAUCUGAGUUGCCGAAAGAUGUGGAAUCAGACUCGACUUCAAGCAACAAAGUACCUACAUCAGAGAGCAAAACCAAAAAAGCAUCACAAAGCCCAGAGUCAAAACAUACCAAAAGCAGUAAACGUAGGAAGUCCUCAAAAACAAAGAGUGAUAGUUCGAGGAGUGAAAGCACUGACGAAACAGUUGUAAACUUUACAAAAAAUGUUUCACCUAAAAUAGUAAUAAACAAGGCUCCUGAAAUUUGCCUGAAACAGAAAUCUGAAGAAAACGACGAGGUUUCUCCAGAGAAUGAGACUUCUCAAGAGAACAAUGAAGUUUCUCAAAUGAAAGAUGAGAUUUCUGAAGAAAAAGAAACGCCAAAAAAAGCAGAACCGUGUAAAUUGACCAAUGGUGAGAAAUGCAGCAACUUCACCGACUUCAAUCCAAGCAAAUUGAGAUACGACCCAAUCAAAGACGCCUGCUGGGAAAAAGGCGCAAAAGUGCCAUACAUUGCCCUCUCAAAGACGCUGGAGAAAAUUGAAGAGAUAUCAGCGCGGUUGAAAAUAAUUGAGAUUCUGAGCAAUUACUUUCGUUCUGUGAUCGUCCUGAGCGAUUUUGACCUCCUGCCUUCUGUAUACUUAUGCUUGAAUCAGCUCGCCCCAGCCUAUGAGGGCUUGGAGUUGGGAAUCGCUGAAACUAGUCUUAUUAAGGCUAUUGCUCAGACAACAGGUAGAAGUGUUGCACAGAUCAAGGCACAAGCAACCAAGCUUGGCGACCUCGGCCUGGUAGCUGAACAGAGCAAAUGUUCACAGAGGAUGAUGUUCACACCACCUCCUCUCACCGUCCAGGGCGUUUUUACAAAGCUGAAGGAAAUCGCCAAUAUGAGUGGCUCGACAUCUCAGGUGAAAAAAGUAGACAAAAUCCAGGGUUUGUUUGUAGCCUGCAAAGGUCCUGAGGCUAGAUACUUGAUAAGGUCUCUAGCUGGUAAAUUAAGAAUUGGAUUAGCAGAACAAUCUGUUUUACAAGCCCUGGCUCUUGCGUGCGUCAUGACACCCCCUGGGCAAGAAUUUCCACCUAAGAUCCUCAACGCUUCAAAAGGGUUGUCGCCAGAAAAGUUCAAAUCCAUGCUCGACAAAGAGGCGUUGAUUUUGAAGACAACGUAUUGUGAAUGUCCAAACUAUGAUAAGAUCAUCAAGGUUAUCGUGGAGGAAGGCAUAAAAGAAUUGCCCAACAAAUGCCAACUGACGCCUGGGCUUCCUUUGAAACCCAUGCUCGCUCAUCCGACAAAAGGAGUCAAGGAGGUUUUACAUCGGUUCGAGGGGCUGAAGUUCACAUGUGAAUGGAAAUACGACGGUGAACGGGCACAAAUUCAUCUAGACAAUGAUGGAAAAGUGUCGAUUUAUAGCCGUAACCAAGAAAACAACACGUCUAAAUACCCAGACAUUAUUUCAAGAUUAAAAUCUGCUGUGAAAGAAGGAGUAGAGUCGUUUAUACUCGAUACAGAAGCCGUUGCUUGGGACUUGGAAACCAAGAAAAUUAGGCCUUUUCAAGUACUCACUACACGAAAGAGAAAAGAUGCAGAUGAGUCGGAAAUUAAAGUCCAGGUGUGUGUUUUCAUGUUUGACCUGCUUUAUCUAAAUGGCCAGCCACUUGUUAAAAAGCCGUUGAUUGAAAGGAGGCAGUUACUCAAGGAAAACUUCCAAGAAGUCGAGAGCCAGUUUACAUUUGCGACCAGUCUCGACACUAAUAAGAUGGAAGAGGUGCAGGACUUUUUAGACGAAUCUGUCAAAGGAAACUGUGAGGGUCUUAUGGUCAAAACGUUAGAGGAGGAAGCAACUUAUGAAAUAGCCAAGAGGUCGAGAAACUGGUUGAAACUGAAAAAAGACUACGUGGACGGUAUCGGCGACAGCCUUGAUGUAGUAGUGAUUGGUGGUUACCUUGGAAAGGGAAAACGGACUGGGCUUUACGGCGGAUUCCUCCUAGCGUGCUAUGACCCAGAAAAUGAAGAAUAUCAGUCAAUAUGCAAAAUUGGGACAGGAUUUACAGACGAGGAUCUUAAAAACCACUCGGAAUUUUUCAAAGAGCAUGUCAUCAACAGCCCUAAGUCAUAUUAUCGCUAUGACUCUUCUCACGAGCCUGACCACUGGUUCGAACCGGUACAAAUUUGGGAGAUAAAGUGUGCCGAUCUUUCCCUUUCUCCAGUUCACCGAGCAGCAAUUGGCAUUGUUGAUCCGGAAAAGGGCAUUUCACUCAGAUUUCCAAGAUUUUUAAGGAUCAGAGAUGAUAAAACUGUGGAAGAAGCAACAUCAGCUCAGCAGGUUGCCGAUUUGUACAACAGCCAGGACCAAAUCAAAAACCAACAAAAUGAGGGCAGCAAAGUCAAUGAGGCUGAUUUUUAUUAAUUUAUCUGUUUGUAAAUUUGUUUUGUCCUACUAAACAUAUGUAAUUAAAGCUUACCUGAUUAUUUCCACUGGUAAUCGAGUUAAAUAAGUUAAGAAUAAUAAAUAGCAACUAAUUUUUACAA